CACAAGUUCAUUGAAGCUAUUAGUGAUAACUUUUGAUUGUAUUGCAAGAAAGCAUUUUUGAGAGCUUGGAUGGAAGUAGUUACUUCCAUAGCACACUGCGCUAAUUCACCGCACCUACGCUGCCCUCGGCGCACGACCCUCACGCCUACCUCCACACGCCCCAUCAGCCGCUCCUGCUGGGGCUUAUUUUUUCCCUUCUUGGGGCUUGUUGAGCCGAAGAACGAAGAACACCGAGCAACGAUUUCUCAACUUUAUAUCGAUAACAAGCCCAUCCCCGCCCAUCCCCUCCCCUCCCCGUUUCUUUCUGGUUGCAAGAUCCCUUCUGUUAUCUCCGUCUUGGUCCCCGAAAGCGUUUAGCCAUGAGUAGUUCGUGGACUUCGAGCGAAGCGAUCAACGGGAUGUAUAUCCCAUCCGCUCUUCUGGUUAUUGGGACUGCCAUUGUGAAGAAGGAAUGGCUUCCCUAUGCCGCAGCUCUCGCCGCAAUUUUGUCGGGGUGGAAGGUGAUGAGCAACAGACAACGGAAGGUUCUCAAUCCAACCGAGUUCCAAAACUUUGAAUUAAAAGAGAAGACCAUUGUCUCGCACAAUGUCGCCAUCUACCGCUUCGCCCUCCCGCGUCCCACUGAUAUCCUCGGUCUACCAAUUGGCCAACAUAUUUCUCUCGCUGCGACAAUCGAGGGCCAGUCGAAGGAAAUCAUGCGAUCUUAUACCCCCAUCUCUUCGGAUCAGGAAGCAGGCUAUUUCGACCUUCUUGUCAAGGUAUACCCUCAAGGAAAUAUCUCGAAGCAUCUUGCUGGCUUGCGCAUUGGCCAAACCAUGAAAGUCCGGGGUCCGAAGGGAGCUAUGGUUUACACUCCCAACAUGGUCAAGAAGAUCGGUAUGAUCGCUGGCGGCACCGGUAUUACGCCAAUGCUCCAGAUCAUCAAGGCUAUUAUCCGAGGACGGCCACGGAAUGGAGGCAACGAUACCACCCAGGUUGAUCUGAUCUUUGCCAACGUAAAUCCAGAUGACAUUCUCCUGAAAGAAGAAUUGGACCAGCUGGCGAAGGAGGACGAUGGGUUCCGAGUCUACUACGUUCUAAACAACCCACCAGAGGGCUGGGAAGGUGGCGUCGGUUUCGUGACUCCAGAUAUGAUCAAGGCCAAACUUCCCGCCGCGGCGCCUGAUACGAAAGUCUUGAUCUGCGGACCACCUCCCAUGGUUAGCGCAAUGAAGAAAGCCACCGAGUCAUUGGGAUUCAAGAAGGCCGGACUCGUCAGCAAACUAGAUGACCAGGUCUUUUGCUUCUAGUAGCCGAAAGUACGAUUGGGAAUUCGAUACCCAUGGAAUGAUAGAGUUCUUUGACGACUACUAGGAAUUGCAUCGUAUUCUCACAGCUUAUCUCUUCUCAAUUUGGACAUAUAACAUUGAUCCUCAUUUUAGACGCUGAACGCCGGGGGAUAGAUUGGGGGGGAUGUCCUGGUCAUAGAUAUGGAGCUGUCGAUUGCUUCUGGGAAAGCAGUCUCUCCACCCAAAAGUUACAUAUGGGCGAAUUGUUAAUAGAUAUACGAAUAGUCAAUAAUAAUAUUUUUACGAUUCUAGGGGA